AUGGUGGUUGCUGAAUGCCAAAGUGAUGACGGAACCAUAUUCAUUACGCUGGGUGUUUGUGCUAUGGCUAAAAAAACAAAAUCAAAACCAAUGAAAGAAAUUCUUCGUCGUCUAGAAAAAUUCCAACACAUCCGUUUUAUUGUGUUCGAAGAGAAAGUAAUUCUUAAUCAACCCAUCGAGUCAUGGCCUCUUUGUGAUGCGUUUAUCAGUUUCUACUCUGAAGGUUUUCCUCUACAAAAGGCCAUAGCUUAUGCAGAACUUAGAAAACCUUACUUGGUCAAUGAUUUGGAAGCUCAGUAUGUUCUUAUGAAUCGGAAAAAAGUCUAUGAAAUUUUGCAAUCGGAGGGGAUUCCUGUUCCUCGUUAUGCUUGUGUUGAAAGAGGCGACCCAACUGAAGCAGUUAAUGUUAUCGAACAUGAUGAUGCCAUUGAAGUAAAUGGGGAAAUUUUUCACAAGCCCUUUGUUGAAAAACCACUGAACGCUGAGGAUCACAACAUUUACAUUUAUUUCCCAAGUAGCGCUGGAGGUGGAAGUCAGCGACUUUUCCGAAAAGUCGGGGAUAGAAGCAGUAAAUACUUUCAAAUUAGCACAAUUCGAACUGAAGGCUCCUAUCUCUAUGAGGAAUUUAUGCCAACAGAUGGCACCGAUGUAAAAGUUUAUACAGUUGCUGACGAUUACGCUCACGCUGAAGCACGAAAAUCUCCGGCCCUGGACGGCAAAGUUGAGCGGGACAGUGAAGGCAAGGAGAUCCGUUACCCUGUUAUCCUCACUCCCCGUGAGAAAAUAAUCGCCAAAAAGGUUGCCAAGGUGGUGAAACAGCAAAUCUGUGGUUUCGAUCUCCUACGAGCUAACGGCAUGUCUUACGUUUGCGAUGUGAAUGGGUUCUCAUUUGUCAAGACCUCUCGCAAAUACUACGAUGAUUGUAGUCAUGUCCUCGGGGUUCUCAUAACACGAGUCAUCGCGCCGAGAUUAUGUCCUGGACUCGUUCCUGGUAACGCUCCUGGGACUGAUGAUGAUAUCCCAUUGGUUCCCACCACCUGUGGAACCAUUAUGGAACUACGUUGUGUUAUCGCAGUGUUUCGCCACGGCGACAGAACCCCUAAACAGAAGAUGAAAAUGGAUGUUCGAGAUGAGAGAUUUUUUGCACUCUUUCACAAAUAUGCUGGUGGCAGAACCAACGAGCUGAAAUUGAAGAAGCCAACUCAGUUGCAGGAGGUUUUGGAUAUUGUUCGUGAUAUUCUUGAUGAUAUUGAGAGUGGAAAAUCGAAGAACUUGGAAGAGAAAAAGGGGAAAUUUGAGCAACUAAGGUACGUUCUAGAGAUGUAUGGUUCCUUCAGUGGAAUAAAUAGGAAAAUCCAGCUCAAGUAUCAACCACAUGGUCGUCAAAGUGAUUCCAAAAAGAAGAAGGAGAACUGUAAUGAACCCUGUCUUCUCCUGGUUGUUAAAUGGGGUGGUGAAUUGACAGCAGCAGGUCGACAGCAAGCUGAACAACUAGGUCGAGCCUUCCGUUGUAUCUAUCCCGGUGGCGAUGGCAACUAUGGCAAGAAUCCGGGUCUAGGUCUACUGCGUCUCCAUUCAACUUACCGACAUGACCUCAAAAUUUACGCGUCUGAUGAGGGUCGGGUUCAAAUGACGGCAGCAGCUUUCGCCAAGGGAUUCCUUGCUUUGGAAGGUGAACUUCCACCUAUUCUAGUCCAAAUGGUGAAGAGUGCCAACACUAAUGGCCUUCUGGACAAUGACAAUGAUUGUCACUCCUAUCAACAGAUGGUUAAGAAGAGGAUAAAGGAGGUCAUGUCUUACAAGGGAACAUGGACUGAAGAGCAUAGACAGGCUCUAGCUCCUACUGGAGCUAAAUCACUACUCAAUGCAAUGGACUACGUGGGCAAUCCGACAGAAGCUUGCUCAAAACUCUAUGGUUACGUUCAAAGACUGGCAAAUCGAGUUGCCAUGCUAACAGCAAAUCUGCGAGAAAGGGAGAGGAUUACUCUCUAUCACAACGAAUCGUGGGAUUUGCUGUUGAGACGUUGGGGCAAAUUAGUGAAGGAUUUCAAAUCACCCACAGGAGAGUAUGAUGUGUCCAAACUGCCGGACAUUUAUGAUAAUAUUAAGUAUGAUAUCCAACACAAUCCUGGCAUUCUUGUUGAAUCAGAGAUGUUAGAGUUCUUUAGUUUGGCCCGUGCACUUGCGGAUAUUGUUGUACCACAGGAAUACGGCAUAACUAAGGAUGAGAAGUUGUUGAUUAGUCAGCGUAUAUGCACGCCCCUGUUGAGAAAGAUACUCGCUGAUGCGCGAUACACCGAUGUGGAUGAAUGCACUCGCCUUCAUGCUGGUUACUCAAAGGGAGUUGCUUCACCGGAGCGUUUUGUCCGCACACGACUCUACUUCACCAGCGAGAGUCAUCUGCACUCCAUUCUGACGAUGCUUCAACACGGCGGUCUGGCUGAUGCCAUGACUGAUGAGCAAUGGAAACGCGCCAUGGACUAUGUGAGCACUGUGCCCGAACUCAACUACCUCUCCCAAGUUGUUAUCAUGAUCUAUGAGGAUCCUACUGUGGUGAGCAACUUUUAUCAUUUAUGUCAAAUCUAA